UCUAUCCAGGGCUGCUGAUCACUGAUAGCUGUAUACUGCCUCCAGGAUCAUAUGAAGCGUGUAUCUAAAUCCCAGUCGGCCGUUUUUGCGAAACAGGAUGCUGGAAUGGGCGGACCUUUGGGUCAUCUUAUAUUUAAUUCUGGUUGAAUACUUUCAUGACCGAGGACAGCGGCAACAAUAUAAGUGACGUGGGUUUUUUGGGUUAGUUUUAAUGCAACCACGGAGGCUGCAGUCUGCCUCCGUAGCUCUACGUCUGGCAGCGGCGGCAGCAGCAGCAGCAAUUGCAACGCUUUUUAACCCUUUCCCUGCAGACACAGCCCCGCGCCCCCGCCGCAGAAAGCUGCUCCUAUCUCUCCGAUCGCCCAGGUUCCCAGAGGCCUCGGUUGCUUCUUCCUUUCUGACGGCGACCCGGUAUGUUGGGCAACUGCGCGAUUGCAUACACUUUGUCCCGAGGUCAUCCAUAAUAUGCAGGAAGCGCCGCCUUCGUCUGUCCGUGGGAGGCACAUUGAUCGAGGCCGCGUCCUGCUCUGAAGCCCACUUGCUGCUGUUGCAAUGGAUCUGUCGCGGAUUUGGCACUUGGCGAUUGUCUUUUGCCUAACGUGCGUGCUGGUCAAAGUCAUCCAGUUGCAUCGCCGGAGGCAGGAGCUACUGAAGGUUUUGAGCUGUUUCCCGGGGCCCCCCACCCACUGGCUGUAUGGGAACAUCUCUGAGCUCUUACCUGUUUCCAAGGUUUUCCAGAAGGUAGAAAACUGGAGCCUUCUGUAUCCAUUUGCCUUUCCUUUGUGGUUUGGAAACUUCUCUGCCUGUCUAAAUAUCACACACCCUGAUUAUGCAAAACCAUUACUCGCAAGAGCAGAACCAAAGGACAGCUUGGCCUAUCGGAACAUAACUCCAUGGAUAGGUAUGUAUGUUUGAGGCCUUUAUUAUGAA